GCCUUACUAAAUUCUUACCCUCACGCUCUCUGAUUUCUCUUCGUUCUUCUUCCCAUCUUCCGUCCUUCAUGGCGUCCCUUCCUCAUGCUCUGUGUCGCCCUCGACUUCUAUCCUCUUCUUUGCUUACAUGAUGCUUGAAGUACAAAUGUGGAGCCUGCAUCUUGUCAAGCUCACCUCCCACUUAGAUCACUACGGUUCUCAACCGACGCUCGACACGCUGCAUCAAUGGAUGAGAUGGUCUCAUUACAUGGUGGAAUCUCUUUCGUAAUAACUCCGACGUCAAUAUUAUACCAAAUUCUAAUUUUUUCUCCAUGCCGCGCCAAUGGCGGAUCUCAGACAUCCACAAAACGCGAACCUUCAGCGGAUUCAAGAUUUGAUAUUUGAUGAAUUGAAUUAUCCCUUUUCUUUUUAUUUUACAGCGACUUGAACGUUGACACCGACUGGUUGUCCAACUCAUGGAGCAUGCACUUCAUGUCUGGUCCCAUUCAUUUGCUCAAACUCUCCAGAGUUCUCUCCGUGAACGUCUCCGGCAAGCCUUUCCCAGUGGCCUCAACGUGGGUCAGACAAACGCAUGCUGUGAGAACGCUCUCCAAUCUAAAGCCUCUCAACUCAACGAUCACACGGUGCAUGAGAAAUGGCCUUGUGGAAGAAGCCCAAAACCUGUUUGGGGAAAUGGCCCAAAGGAACACUGUCACAUGGAAUGCUAUGAUUCGUGGAUACUUUCAAAAUGGGCAAUUUGAAAAGGGAUUUGUUCUGUAUGAUCAAAUGCCUGAGCGUGAUAUCUAUUCAUAUAACACCAUGAUUGCGGGGUUAAUGCAAUGUGGCAACGUAAAUGGUGCGAAACAGGUUUUUGAAGAAAUGCCAAUUAGAGAUGUUGUUACUUGGAAUUCGAUGAUUUCGGGGUACAUUCACAAUAACUUGCUUGAUGAAGCCGUUCGGGUUUUUUAUGCGAUGCCAUUAAAAAAUUUGAUUUCUUGGAAUUUGGUCAUUGCAGGUCUGGUGAAUUUUAAAGAAAUUAUUUUGGCGGAAGAGUUGUUUAAUAAAAUGAGUAGUAGAGAUGUUGCAUCUUGGACUAUUAUGAUAUCUGGGCUUGCCAGUGCAGGACGGAUAGUUGAAGCUCGUGCUCUUUUCGAUGACAUGCCUGGAAGAGAUAUUCAAGCCUGGAAUUCAAUAAUAGCAGGCUAUAUAGCAAAUGGGAAUAUUGAAAUUGCAGAAGCUUUGUUUCAAAAAAUGCCUGAGCAUGAUUUUGAUUCGUGGAAAGAAAUGAUAAAUGGGUUCGUGAUUUGCGGACGGAUUAAAGAUUCUUUGAGGCUGUUCCUAGAAAUGCCCCAUAAACACCAAAGGUCAUGGAAUUCAAUUAUCAUGGGAAUGGUAAGUAAUGGGCUAUUCAAAGAAGUUCAUGCUUUACUUGAGAAAAUGCCAUUUCAUGAUGUUGUAUCAUGGACAAAUAUUAUUAUUGGAUAUUUUGAAAUAGGUGAUGUUGAGAGUGCUGUUAAACUUUUUGAAUUGAUGCCAAUUCGAGAUGCAAUUGUGUGGAACACAACAAUAUUUGGACUAGGAAAAAAUGAUCGAGGAGAGGAAGGUCUGAAAUGUUUUAUCAGAAUGAAAGAUGUGGGUGUGGGUCCAAGUCCUGAUGAAGCUACAUAUACUAGCGUCCUGACAAUCUGUUCAGACCUUCUAACCUUACAUCUUGGAAAACAGGUUCAUGGCCAAGUAAUUAAGACAGGAUUUGAUUGUUUCAUUGCAGUUUCUAAUGCAGUGGUUACCAUGUAUGGAAGGUGUGGGAACAUGGAUUCUGCUUUGCUGGAAUUCUGUUCCAAGCCAACCCAUGAUGUCAUUUCCUGGAAUUCUAUCAUCUGUGUAUUUGCACAACAUGGAAAUGGUGAAAAAACCAUAGAGAUGUUUGAAUAUAUGAUAUCAAGUGAUGUCAAGCCCAAUCAAAUCACCUUUGUAGGUGUUCUAUCUGUUUGUAGCCACGCAGGAUUAGUAGAGCAAGGAAAAUACUACUUCAAUUUCAUGAAACAUGAGUGCCUUCUACAGCCGACAGCUGAGCAUUAUACUUGUAUGGUUGAUCUACUGGGUAGAUCAGGACACAUAAGUGAAGCAAUGGCUUUCUUAACCCAAAUGAGAGAAGAUGGAGUUGAAGUUCCUGCUAGUGUAUGGGGAGCUAUGCUCCAAGCCUGUAGAAUGCACAAGAAUGUUGAAAUGGGUGAGAUUGCUGGCGAGAAAAUUUUGGAGAUGGAGCCUUAUAACACGGGUGUAUAUAUGAUUUUGGCUGAAAUGUAUCUUAGUAGUGGAAGGAGAGAUCUUGCUGAGGAAAUUUGGGUUAGAAUGAAAGAGAGAGGAAUGAAGAAGCAACCAGGCUGCAGCUGGAUCGAGGUAAACAACCGUGGGCAUGUGUUUCUUGCAGGAGACAGUUUUCACCCUGAGUUUUCUAGAAUAUAUUGCAUUUUAGACAUGCUGCAUAUGGAGAUGGAGAUUGGUGUUUUGAAAUCGAGCUCUGUUUUUCAAUUCCAGGAAUUUGAGAUUUAAUGGAUCAAUUGUCAAAAUCGUCUUGCUCACUCUACAUUUGCCAUUUCCAAAUGAGUAGAGAAAGGUAACUGCACAAGUUGGUUGAUGAUGACAAACCAAUAUGGAUUUGGGGCGAGGACUGAGUUUUUUUGUUGGUUGGAGUCGUGGUUCGGAAUAUUCCUUGAGAUUUUUUUUUUCUUUUAAAUAUUUUGUAGGAAAAAAGAAGGAAAUGGUUCCAAUCACUAUUAGUGAGAACAAAAAAUUAUUGAUUAAAAUUAGUCGAUUAAGCAGUUGAGCAUUAGAGGAGGGCUUUAACAACGGAGUGAAAAUUUGUUAAGAGGACUCAAGCAAACAGAUGCUGAAGUCUCAUCUUUCUUUUAAAGAAUGUGCAGACUUUAAUGGGGAAAGCAUGUAUUUUUGUUCCAAGGUUAUAGAUAGCAUUUUUUUUAUUUUCUUAAAUAACAGGUUGUAAUUGUGAUCCAGUUCAUAAAUUAUGUCUUGGUCCUGAUGUCUUACUGCAAGCCAUAAAAGAACGGGCUCAUUCAUCU